CCUUACCUAAUAUCAUCAAUCUUCUCUCUCUCGCAAACAAAACAGCACACACGGGCUCUCGUCUCAUCUUUCUCUCUGUGACCUGUCGUUCUCUCAUUGGCAAAAAAUGCCUCAGAUCUUGCCAGAUUUCUCGAAUUCUGUUAAGCUCAAGUAUGUCAAACUUGGGUACCAGUAUCUUGUUAAUCACAUUCUUUAUCUGCUGUUGAUACCUGUUAUGGUCGGUGUUUCCAUUGAGGUUCUGCGUUUAGGUCCUGAAGAAGUCUUGAAUCUUUGGAACUCCCUUCAUUUCGAUUUUGUUCAGAUUCUAUGUUCUUCUUUCCUUAUCAUCUUUAUUGCUACUGUCUACUUCAUGUCCAAGCCAAGAACGAUUUACCUCGUUGACUACGCUUGUUACAAGCCCCCAGUUACUUGCAGAGUUCCCUUCUCUACUUUCAUGGAACAUUCCAGGCUUAUUCUGAAGGAUAAUCCAAAGAGUGUUGAGUUUCAGAUGAGGAUUCUUGAAAGGUCUGGUCUUGGUGAAGAAACUUGCUUGCCCCCUGCUAUUCAUUAUAUCCCUCCUAAACCAACUAUGGAGGCUGCUAGAGGAGAAGCUGAGCUUGUUAUCUUCUCUGCUAUGGAUUCUCUCUUUAAGAAAACUGGCCUUAAACCUAAAGACAUAGAUAUUCUUAUAGUGAACUGCAGUCUUUUUUCCCCAACGCCAUCUCUGUCUGCUAUGGUCAUUAAUAAGUACAAGCUCAGGAGCAACAUAAAGAGCUUCAAUCUUUCUGGCAUGGGCUGCAGUGCAGGGCUGAUCUCAAUAGACUUAGCUCGCGAUCUUCUUCAAGUACAUCCAAAUUCAAAUGCAGUUGUUGUUAGCACAGAGAUCAUUACACCAAACUACUACCAAGGGAAUGAAAGAGCCAUGCUACUUCCAAAUUGCCUCUUCCGUAUGGGAGGUGCUGCAAUUCUGUUAACCAACCGCAGGUCUCAUCUCUCGCGAGCCAAGUACCGUUUAGUCCAUGUCGUUCGAACCCAUAAAGGCGCAGACGACAAAGCCUAUCGAUGUGUUUAUGAAGAAGAAGAUAAAGAAGGCAAAGUAGGAAUCAAUUUAUCAAAAGAUUUGAUGGCUAUAGCUGGUGAAGCUUUAAAAUCUAACAUAACAACAAUUGGGCCAUUAGUACUUCCAGCAUCUGAACAGAUCCUGUUCUUGUUUACGCUCAUCGGACGAAAGAUAUUUAACCCGAAAUGGAAGCCAUAUAUUCCUGAUUUCAAGCAGGCAUUUGAACACUUCUGUAUCCAUGCUGGUGGGAGAGCAGUGAUAGAUGAAUUGCAAAAGAACUUGCAGUUAUCAGGAGAACAUGUAGAGGCAUCAAGAAUGACACUCCAUAAAUUUGGAAAUACAUCAUCAUCAUCACUUUGGUAUGAACUGAGUUACAUUGAAGCAAAAGGAAGAAUGAAGAAAGGAGAUAGGGUUUGGCAGAUUGCAUUUGGAAGUGGAUUUAAGUGCAAUAGUGCAGUUUGGAAGUGUAACAAAACAAUAAAGACACCAACAGAUGGGCCUUGGGCUGAUUGCAUUGAUAGGUACCCAGUUCAUAUUCCUGAAGUUGUCAAGCUCUAAGCAUAUUCCUGAACUUAUAUAUAUAUAUAUAUAUUUUAUAUGGUUGGGUAUUUCUUGUUUGCAUCCUCAGAAAAAAGCCUGGGAUUUGCAUUCACUCUCUUCUCUUCUCCUCUUUCUGUAUUCUCUGUUCUUUUCUUCUUCUCAGUUUCUAUACUACACUGUAUUAAUUAUAAAUAUCUAUCACUCUUUCUUUUAA